CAGGUUGCCAAUGCUGCUACCAAAGGCCUCCAAUCCCGUGCCUGCUCAUCCCCAACAUUUUCAACUUGACUCUGAGAAUUUUCCGACAACCUUGAGGUCACAACCAGCCAACCAUGUCCUAUUCAGACUACUUCGGUGUGGCGUUCAGCGUACAUGGGGAUUUGACAGCGAUGGCACAGUCCUCAUGCUGGCUCUCCCGACUUUAGGGUAUCUACCAGGAUGAAGCAAGGCCAGUCCCUGCAAUGUUACGCGCCUCUUGGGAAGGAAGCUCGUGGACACUUCGGGUAGGGGACGGACACAUGGCAGUGGACCCCCGUCCGCUUCUCCACAUGAGCAUGCAAACCAACCUCAUCAGCGGCCAUAAUCACAGUGCAGUAGUUACGGGACAAGGCAGUUACGACAUUGACCACACUCCAAGGGCAGACUUUUACAGUAUCGAUUACAGCACCAGGAGAUGUCGCUUGUCAUCGAAUUACCCUCUUGGGCCGGCCGCAGCAUGCCAAACUAUCGACCUGCUACUUAUGGGCCUGAGCCACGGGCUUGAUAACCGUCAAAGUCUAUCUCCAACGCCUUCAGUACGGCACCAAUAAAAAAAAGUAACUUUUCAUGCAGCUCGUGGGAGCGCUAUUGUGGCUAUAACCAACUUGAUGUGGUCCAUCGUACGACUCCAAGAGUCGCGACCACAGUCUGUUUUGCCCAUGGAUCCAAGACACUGCAGCUCAAUGAGAGCUGUUGUGGCUUUUCUCACACACUUGCGUUUUAUUGGUGCCCCAUCCCCGCAAAAUGGUAGCUAAUGACGGGACUGUAAACACCAUCAGUGUCAAUGAGCCUUCCAUUUCUUGGAUCCGUCUACCUCAUCUCACUAAUGCUUGAAACCCUCAACCAAGAUUCGAUUAUGUGCCCGGCAGCUUGAGCGGGCCCCUCUCCCUGGCACGGCCGUUUGACACUUUGGGCAGAGCCGAGCCGACUCCAUUGUGAGGAUGAAGUUCCAACAGGCUGGCUGCUAGCUACUGUACGAUCAUCCAGGGGUGCCAUUCAUCUCACCAGACCCUGGCGACCAGGGAUCCGGGCUUCUUGAGAGACGAUUAGCAUGGCGAAAGCAUACCCGACAGGGUCAAAAUGAUCUUUAUCGGCGUCGAUGUUAUUGCUUACGCUCACGAUGUGAUGUUUAUCAGUUUCGACAUGGCUUGCUCAAGCUAGGGCUCUCGUUGAACAGAGUGUUCGGCCCGUUAUCAGCCUUGACCACGACGGCUGGUGCCGUCGUGCUCUGAUAGGGGCAGCGCUAGUUUUGCGUAGGUUUCUGCGACUGGCCUGUUGCUUGAGGCCUUGAAGAAUAUGAUAUGACAACACGAUGUCAUGGAUUAUUAUGAAGCCUGAGGAUCAAGCUUCAAAUUCAGACUAGGCCGGCACUAUCUCAUCUCUACUAGCCCGUCAGGUCGCCAAUACCGUACGUCACAUCCCACAGACAGCGCUAUGUUGCGCCAUAUGCCAGCCCAUGUUGCUUGACACCCUGUAGAAUCGAUAGCUUGUGAGCGGUGGAGAGGAUGACCCAUGAGAAGGCAUAUCACAGCAUAGACGAUGGUAUCCAAUAUCCACUGAGCAAUGGCAAGAUACUACUCCGUACUAGCAAUAAGACAUGGGAGGAUUCAAGGUGCUCAGUUUCCUCAAGGAUCGACAGGAUCUCCAGUCUGUCUCGGACAUCUCACGAGACCUCAACUUAUCUGCGUCUCAUACUCACCCCUAAUGUGGGCAACCAGGCGUAAAUCCUCCUAUCCAUCCCGAGAACGGUACCUUCUUUCGAGUGGAAAUUCAAUAUGACUUGAUGCAGAUUCGCAAUUUCGUGGGACAUGUCCCUCCAAAGGAUACAUGCCUUACGACACCCAAGAAAUGCAACUGCACAUAGUGCCAAACUAGGGGUUGUCGGCCUUGCCCAGCCAACGGUUUUGUAACAUGCUGGGCCACUUGCCAUCGAUCUCUGGCGACGCAUACUGUACCACAGAGGGAGGAUUCCCAAGACUUGUAUUGUACAACACCGGGGACCUGAUGACCAUGAGCCCGAAGGCCUGGGACGCGGCCGUGUGCGUGUAGGUUGUGCCAACCCAUUACACGCGGGUAACUGCCCCAUGGUUUCUCAUCUGCUCACAUCGGCAAUGACUAUCACUGUGACAGACAUAACCAAGACAACAAUAGGCGGUGGUUGAUAGCAGGCCAUUGUAAGACUCUCGACGUGGAGCACCUGGUGCAACGCUUUGCGGUACCGGCUCCAUCUCUUGAGCUUUCGGCUGAUCUCAGAACUCGCAAAGAUGGCCACGCGAAUUGAUUUUCGUAAAGGCCCACUACCGCGUGCUGAAGUGUUGAGGUGGCUUAUUGUCUCAGAGAGUAUUGCCGGUACCUGAUUUGUAGCUGGAACUCAUGCAUCUUAAUCAGUCUGAGGGUAAACUGGCUAUCGUUUACCGCCUCGUUGGAACAUCUACGUCGCCACCCAAGGGAGGGGCGUCGCGCCGCUAUCGAAUCUUCUAACGACGUGGAAAAAGCAAUUCAGCCCACUCCUGUUCGCGGACCCCGAGGCCAUGACACAUUGUACAUCAUAGAUCGAGAACAGCACUGUGUUCGAGGUGAUUGACCCUGUAAGCUGGAGAAUAAAACAAUCCUUGAUGCUUGACCUUGAAAGCCAUGGUCAAACAAGCGGAACUACAAUCAGGGGAUAGCUUCAGCCGGUAUUGGUUUCCACGAUCGGCUGCCUGGCCAACAGUGGAGCAAGGCCUAUAAUAGCGAGGCGCUAGCUUCAGCUCACCUUUCCCUAGUGUCAAGCUGUUGAUCCUGUGCCUCUGAAUUUGGACGACCAGAGUCCCUUCAGCUUGCUGGCAAUUUGAGAAUGUGGCGUCAAGGCUUGUUUCUGUAGAUGUCUCUCCCUCCCUCCAGUCACCGAGGGCUUGGGCAGCUAAAGCAGCCAUGUGCCAAAGUUGCCACGAUGAGCGAUGAGGCAGGUAUAGAGCGAUGGCUGCAUACAGUUUAAUUAGGCGAAUGCUUCACAUUCGGAGCCGAGCCUUACGCUACUUGCCGGCUUCUCUCUCUGAGACUAGUGGUCAUCAAUUGGACUGAGAUCUUAUUGACCUUGGGGUUAUGAAAUUUCUAUUAUUUCACGAAAUAUAUCUUGGGUAUCGUUACAAAACUUUGGAUUCGUUGGAGAUUCUUGACAAGACAACUUGUGUUAAGACAUGUGAAACCAAGACAGCGAGGGACAAGUUAAGAAGAUUUUGACACGCUAAAGAUAUCUGGAUCUACAUACUGUACUAAGUGUAGGCAUGGAGUCUGAGUAGAAAGAUGCUAGAUGAGGAAGCAAACCGAGACAAUAAUGAACGCCGAUUUCAAGACUCCUUUCGCCGAUCAUAAAUGACAAAGUUCUGCUCAUUGGAAUCGACCCUCUAGCUCGGGAAUCGCCUGCCGAAGGCGCACUGAUUUCUCAUGUGCAAGUAUCGUCCACA